AAACACACAAACACAAGUGAGUGCUCAAGAGCUGUCGUGCGUCAAACUGUGGCCUGCAAAGCGUUAAGGAGUAGUUGAUAAUCUUCCUACGUGGUGAAAUUUUGAUUGCACUAAUCCAAGUCUUCAGUAACCUGAUCUCAUAGAAAUCCGAACAGGGAAUUUCUGUUUGGUAAACUGAGAAGAGAAGCAAAUGAUGAGCUGAUCAAUCUAAGGUUAAAUUGUUUCUGUUAUUACAUGGCACGUAUGUAAGCUUAUAUUCUAUCAAUUUCUACUCGAGCAAUCGUGGAUAAGAAACUCAGGAUCUUUGCUGGAGAUCUCGUUUAAUUUACUGCCAAUAACUCAGACUCCGUCGCUGACGUUGUAGAGGUAAGGGAAAUGGAACCUUUUAUAUUAUUCUAACAGCUGGCUCGCUCUAAAUCUUACAUCAAGUUAUAGUUGAUGAUUAAAUUUUACAAGCUUUUUAGUAAUAACAAGUUGUUAUUAAAAAUAUUACGUCUCGGCUUCCUUUACAUCUGUAUCUUUUUUUCUGUGGGAUUUCGAGUUGCUAUCUGUGGCUUGGUUCCGUAAGUACGAGGAAUAUACGAUAAGAGGCUUACAAGUCGCAGUAGACCUAAGUAUUAAAAGCUGGUCUUAGCAAAGGUUGUGGUCUAUUAAACGUACGUGCUCAUGGUCGAUUAGACGCCCCGUUGUCUGAUGUCUCACUAACAUGUACAUUCAGUUCCCUCAGUAUUAAACGUUCGUGUCGUUAUCGAAGUGCGUGAGAGGAGCGAACGUAUGAAGCUGAGAACGAGCUGAAGAUCAGAUUGGUGGUUAAGGGAGAGGAAGGAACAGGUUUCAUACGUAUGAGUUUGUGACAAUGUGGUCGACGAUGUAGUGGCUCAUGUGCGUAAUAAAACAAGUGCCACUAUGUUCACUAAGGAAAAUAACAUAUCAAGUCACAAAAUUAUGUAGUUUCUAUUUGCGUGGUAUUUAAUAGUGCCCAAUUCAAAAAAGGAUGCUACUUGAACAAUCUUUUGUUUACGUGUACGUUACAACUGGUUACAACCAGCCGCUAUGACACGUUCUGAGGAACAACAUAAUUUAAGAGAAUAUCUCAUCGGAAGUGUGGUUUUAUCAUAAACAAAAAAAUAUUGAACUAGUUCUAUUUAAAGGAUAUAGUGAAGCUUUCAUGUUUGUGCUAGCUGAUUGUCAAACUGAUGUCUUGGACAAAGCAUUACACCUUUGAGACACUGACAAAGAAUAGCAACUAACCCUUCAAUAGUUGUUUCAACUUUUAACCUAAUUAACAUCAACACUGCUGAAAACACAUCACUACUGAAUGUAAGUAUUAUGUCAUCAAGUUUGCAAGUGAUUUUUUUAAACUAAUGAAUGUCCUGCAUAGUCAUAAAAAGAGCUAGAUAUUUGUAUUUAUAAUCUGAUGACAAACAAUUUUGUAAAAGACUUUAGGAUAAAAACUAUGCUAUGAAAGCAUGACAUUUUGGGGACAACAUGUUAACAUUUUCAAAUGCAAAUGAACAAAGACUGAAAGGGUGAUAUAUAGAAAACAAAGGUGUGAAAUGUAACAUUAAGCACUUAAACAGACAGUCUCCAGUCCAGUGAAACUUGUCACUGAGGUAUUUCAUUCUUUUAUUCUUCACAUUUUGAUGCUAUUUCUUCAUUUUUUGACAACAUCUGUAGUCUCUGUCCACUUGCAUUUUAUAAUAGUGACAUAUUUUCAUUGCCGAAACGUUAUGUUUUAACAGGGUUGUUUUUAUCCCUAAAUGAUUUGUAUAAUAAGGGGGCAAAACCCCCUUUUAAUGAUGAUUACUUUUACUAUGCAUUUUAUUUUACAUGGAUCAGUAACCAUAAGAAGAAUAAUAUUUUUUGUUACAAUUUAACAAAUUAUUUUGUGAUUUUAGGGCUUGUUGACAUGGCAGAGGGAGUUAUAAAAACCUCUCAGUCAGUAGAAGGUAAGCAACUGUCUUCAUCAACACUGGUUAGAAAGUGAAUUACAUAACACAGCUAUGUAAACAUUAUUUUGUUGUUUGCAAGGAGUAGAAAGUGGGAUUUAGAGGGGUAGGAAGUGUUAACACCAACACCGUGAUGUCGGGAUUAUAUUUUGCUGAGGUCUGCUGGUCUGUUUGGGGCUUAUAAUACUGUCAAGAGUCAAUCUGGGUGAAGUGACUUUACUCAUAUGGAUCAGCUGACUUAAUACACCCACAAGCCCACCAUUUUCUUUAUAACUUUAAAUUAAAGGUAAUGGUUAAUGUGUCAUUUAAUUUUAUUGCAGUUGUAGACAAACCACUCGAAGGCAAAAUAUCACGUGAACUUUUUCAGAAGUUUGAAUCAAAUUCUAGUCCGGCUCGGCCCCAGUCCUUACCUGAUGAGCAUUUCCGAAUGAGUGCACAGUCUUUUACAUCAAGCUCUGAUGAAAAUACAACAUCACAUGAAAACUUGAAAGAAAGGAAAAGGCAUGUAAAAAUAAAAGUGCAAGAUACAAGUGAAGAACACCUGUCACCCAGUAGUACUGAAGAAGAGAUUCUUUCAGAUGAAGAAGCAGGCACCAACAAGAAGAAAAAGAAAAGAAAGCUGAGAUGGAAAUGGAGUCCAUUCAAGAAGAUGAGGAGACUCUUUCGACACAGGAAAAGUCCUACAAGAGUUAAGUCUUGUGAAGAACUCCCAACGGGACGCUACAGUUCUACUAAUCUACCCUCAGAGGAUAGUGAUUCCUUAAUGAACCGAGCUAAAUCAGAAUCUUCUCUAGUGGAAACCAAAACCAAGACUUCUUGUGCCGACAUAGAGAUACAUGAAAGGAGUUGCAAUGUUGGUAACCCUGUGGACAGAACAAAGAGUGAUUCAAGUGAGGUAAGCAACACAUUAGAGCAAGUUCCAUCAAACAAACAUUUUAAUAUGAAGCAACAGAUGAAAAACAUACCAAUAUGAAUUAUAUUAUUUAUACUAGUUUAAUAUCAAAAUUUAUAAUAAUUAAGAAAAAAACAUCUAAGGUAAUCAAAGAGAUUGUUCAAAGAAAAAAAAAUUAAAAGAGUAUUAAAAACUGAGACAAAUGAUGUAGAUGCCAAUUUGAUAGGAAAAAUGCAUUGGCAUUCAAAAUUUAUUGCAAGCCAGGUUGAUAUGGCUGGGUAUGGCUGCCAUAAUACAGUGAAACCAGUAUUAGGGGGAGACCCACAGGACCUGGUGACCACUUAGUACAGGUUUGUUUUACUUAAAAUGUGAGGGAAAAUGUUUGAAACCUGAUCAAGGCUGUGCUCUAGCAGAGCCCACUGUCCCGUGCUGGUGCCUUACUCGGGGUACUUGGAAAUUUCCUUUUUUCCUGCAAAUCAUAUGCUGGGCCACACACCAGAUUUUACAGGUUCAGAGCACUGGGCUCGCUUCACUUUUUCUUAGAGCACAGCCUUGAACCUAGUUACUGGUAGGCUAUUUGUCUACUUAAUAUGGGGUUCACUUAAUACAGGUUUAACUGUAUUACCAGGGUUUUCUUUAAGGUUUUAAGUAGGCGGAGAUUUCAGAAAGUAGAGGGUUGUGGGUAAGGAGGACUCAUGUGAUGGGCUUUACCUGGAAAAUUGUUGAAAAUUGAGCGCUGGAAAACACAUUUCCUGGCAUUUUGGGUCGUGAAACUUUGAGAUUAGAGGGCUGAAUUAAGCUGCAAUUAUACUAGUUUUAGUUUAGUGGUUGAACACUUUUGACCUUCCGAAUAAUGUCCUUUCAUAACUCGCCACUGCAUGACAUUCAUUUGACAUUCAUUUUGCCCAUAUUUUGGUCGAUUUGCUGGCAAAUUGAUAUUUGUUUUCUCAGUCGUUCUCUCAAAGGUGGGUAAAUACCUUCACUUUUGUCAUUUCGUUUUCGUUUGAGAUUGUGACCGAUAGUCACACAGGAAAACUCCUCUUUCCCAGUUCCCUGUUCGCACUAAUUAUGCAUUCAUAUCUCAAUAUCCAAUAUGGCGGACAACAAAUUUUAUUGUAUGUACUUUCCUGCCACAGCAGCAAGAUUGGUUCAAAAAGGCAGUCUCAAACAUAACGUUUCUACACUGUUCUUAAGUCAGAAAUCUUUUUUGUGUUUUCUGAGGUAAGGAAAGUAGCUGGUGAAACCUUGCAGAGAAGGUGGUGAACUUCGCUAGCUGCCGGCUAUACAACUCUGGAUAACAAAAGUUGUAAUGUAGAGUAUUCUGUCGUCUUUUCUGGCAUGUAUUAUUCAGGGUAUUGGCAAAUUAUUAAAGGGCUUGAAACAUGUAGAAGACAAAAGCCAAGAGGACAUCAUUGAAGAUGCAACCAUGACGUCAGAUGAAAGAGAAAGCCAAGCAGGCUCCACAGUUCUAGACUGGAGUAUAAGAAGUUCUGACAGUGUUGCUGAGAGUAUGUUUAUCAGUUUUUUCUUAUCUUUAUAAAGCUUAAUAAACAACAUGUGCAUCCUUUUUGAAAAAACAGUCAAAAUCGUUUUUGCCAGUAACAGCUACACUGCAGGCAGGUUUUUCAGGAUUAGAGAAAGCAAACAAGCCGAGAAAUGAACUGGAGAGAGUCCUUCCCAUCCAUCUGAAUUCCUUUGCUUGCACAUACUUUAAUAUGUUUGCUGUUGUGUAUGGACAAUCACUCAUUGUGUAUAGACGAGCCCUGUAUUAGGAUCCUUUUGCGAUUGAUUUCUCUCACAGGCAAGCAACCAGCCGCAUCAUUUUGGUUGGUCGCUUUAGGAAAGGUUUAAUUCAUCAGUUUCUCUCCAUAAUUUGCAACAGCUUAACUACAGAUGAAACUGGAUAUAAAGGGGCCAAACUGCUGGAGCCCCUGAAAAGAAUAAUGAAAUAAAAUCUUUGCUGACAGUGAGUUUGAAAUUAAUUUAUUAGUGUCACGGUGGCCUGUACUUAACCUGCACAUUUGACCUUGGUGACGUCAUGGAUAUCCAUGGUGACGUGCAUUUUUUACCAAACGUUGAUAGUCCAUACACACAUGGUUGCGUAUUGUUGUGUCAUCUUGAGAAUAGUCCAGACUCGUUCAAAAUCGUCUCAACAUUUCUUUUGUUCUCUCAACAUCGAAGCCGUUUGAAACCGCUUUUUUGGCCCUGCCUGGUGUCUCUCUUAACAUUCUGUCACGACUCUGUGCAUUUAUAGUGCUGCAUACGUCGUCAUGCCUAGUAUAAAGUCAUAAUUAUCUCAUCCUCACCUUAGAUACUUUUAAAUCUCGCAAAACAGUUUUCCGGUGGAUCAAGUUUUAUUAGUUACCAAAAAAUAUGUAUAUAAUAUGUAUGCAGAAGCCUCUCAGAUUACUGAGCCAACUAAUAAGACUGAAUAUGCCCUCGUGUUUUUCAGCCGCUGUCAGUUUUGAGGAUCUCCCAAGCACUUCGUCACUUGAAGGACUACAAGCUGCGCAUGACAGAAUCAAAGUAGCCCCAAAACACCGCAGGCCGCCCACUAGGGUCCGCUGCAACAGCUCUUCUAUGAACCCCCUCAAUAGUUGUAAAGUGAAACCACACAGGCGAUCCAAAACUGAUCCUAAAGAUUUUACUGUGAAACCUAAAGUGGAAAGUAACUCCAGUUCAGAUGUCACUACAGCAAUUUUUAAGUCUCAAGAAACCACUGAGGAGCAGAGAAAAGAAAAACUUUUUGCUGAUUUGAAAGCAAAAGCUGAAAGUGUUAUUACCAACUCAUCACCAACAAACACUGAAAUGCUUGCGAGUGACAAGGAGGGAAAAGACCUCAAAAGUGAAGAGAAAAACAAACAGAACUGUGCAAAAGACGGCUCAGCUGAAAGUGAGAUGAAAUGCAAUAAAGAAAACCAGACCGACAGCAAAAACAGGCUGGUUCAUGAAAAUACAGAGGAGAAAAAGUCUGAAGACAAGAUUCUUAAAGAACUCAACAACAAGAAUGAAGAAUAUAGACUUAGCUUGAAGAAAAGAUCGGAAUCUCUGGAAGUCAUAGAACCGAAAAGCAAAUUAGAAUCAGAGAUUUGUCCGGACACUGAGGCAGACAGCGCUGAGCCCCAGAAAAGGAGAGGAUUUUCUUUGAACAUCUUCGAGUCCAAACAAAAAAGCUCAGAUCGUGAAUUAAAAGUCAGGAAACAGUUAGAAAAUGAAAAGCUAGUUAAAACUUCAGUUUACAGAGAAAAUCAACCGGCCAGUCCUCCCACCAAUAAUGUGUCUACUAGCAAAAUGGAACCCGUAGUUCCCACAUCAACGGGCUUGGAUGAAAAAAGUUCACUGGGUUCAAAAGCGAGCGCGGGCAAGGAAACGAAUUCAGAGCAAAAAGCGGGAUUCAGACCUGCCAUGAAAAAAAGGUCGGAAUCCCUCGACGUCGUAGAAACAAAAGGUAAAUCAGGACCAGAGAUUGGUUCGCAUACUGGUGCGGUAAGCAAGCCUCAAGUGAGAAGAGGGUUUUCUUUGGACAGCGUCGAGUCUACAGAAAAAAGCUCUGACCUUAAAGUCAGAAAACUAGUGAUGGAAAAAGAAAAAAUUGGUACAACUUCUGUUUGCAAAAACAAUCAAUCCGCCAAUACUCAGAGAGAAAACCAAACGGAAGUUAAUUUGGAUGAAAAGAAUUUACUAAGUCCAAAAGAGAGCGACAAGGAAGCAAGUUCGAUACAACCUUCCUGGGUAGAGCUUGCCAAUCAAAGAAGCAAGAGACUUUCACAACUUCUUAAUGAAGAUGUCAAGGAAACCAACAGUCAGGUAAAAGCAAGGUGUCAUUGUUAUGUUAGUAUUUUUAAAAACUGCAAGGUACUCUACCUUUAGCGGGCUUAUUUUAAUGCCACAUUCAACACUGGAUUUGUUUGUGUUGCUUCAGUUACAUUUGAUAUGGCGCUUGUCUCCCUCUUGGAUCUUAUUGUUGCGCGAGAUAGAUAUGUUUCUAGUGACUGGGCUUUCUGCUCUUGUACUUUUGAUAAUGAAAUAUAUCAGUAUGUUAUUUCAUUUUUUUUCUCCCUACCAUGUUUUCUUAAAUGGUAACCCGCUGUGUCCAUUUCUCGUUUUAGGUGUCACCGAAAGUGGGUACUGAAUUUCAAUCUACCUCCAAUUCUGCCGCUAGUAAUAGCGAUAAAAAACCGCUUCCACGUGUUAGGGAAAAACCGGCUGUACCAGCUAAAAAGGAGGGAUUAUCCAACAAGGUGAAGACACCAAAACCUGAUCCAAGCAGCAAAAGAUUUUAUGGAAAAGUUGAGAAUAAGGCGCCGAUUUCUAAUCCAUCCAAUCAUGAAAUGCUCGAUGCGGACUUGAAAAGAACAGGCUUACCAGUCAAAGCCGCCUGCGGUGCGGACAAGUGUGUGGUAUGCGGGACAGCGGUAUAUCAAAUGGAGAAGUGUAACUUGGAUAACUGGGUACUUCACCGUCGUUGUGUCAAAUGCACAGUCUGCAAACGACUCUUGACAGUUGGGAACUUUGUUAUGGCUGAAUGUAAAGUGUACUGUAAACCGCAUGCCAAAGCAGUUACUGUUUCCAUGUAGCAGGCUCCGAAACAAUUGGUUAUCCAAAGUCUGAUUUUAGGAAUUACGUUGGGGUACUUUCUCUUUUUCAGCAGUAACAGAAAUCAGUAGGGGAAACAUGAGCGUCCGGGUGGGGUAUUCCUGUACUUAAGUUGACAGCCGUGACUGAUGUUGCGUCAACCUGUGCGGUAGUCUUCCUCAGAGUCAAAGUGUAACAGAGAUGUUGUCAUGUUGCUAGCGUUCCUUAAAAACGGUUGAGUAGAAGUGGUCCAUACACCAUACAAGUCGCCUCCAUACUCGAUAACGGAUCCGUACGUCUAGCUCAGUUGUUCAAAAGGUGGAUAGCUCUAUCCACCGGAGAAAUCACUAUCCAGGAGAUAAGUAUUAUGGAAACCAACUGCACUAUCCACUGGAUAGCGCUAUCCACUUUUUGAACAACUGAGUCCUGAACUUUAUUAUACAAUCAAAAAAUGCAUGAAGAGUUCGUUCGAGCUCGGAUUGUAUGUGCCGGAAUGAGAAUCAGUUGAGUUAAUUAUUACGUCAGCUAUUUAGUCGUACAGAUUACAAUGUACAACCAUCGAUCUGUAGCCAUGUGUGACCGACAAUAGUCAAAUCAUGCUCCAAAAAGCGUUCAAGUGGCCCCAAAGUCCAUCUGAUAAAAUUUACUAUCUGUGUACUCUUCUUCCGGAAUACGACCGAACGAAUGAACCUAAAGCCGGCCCAUUUAGUGCUCUUUUCUUAUCGUUUUUACUACAUUUCUGCGACUUAUAUCCAUCAGAAGUUUAACUGUGAUAUUUAACGAAAUCCUUUGAGUCUUCUUUUACUCAGUCUCUGCUCAGUGUUACAGUUUAUAAGAGCAUACGUACAGGAAAGAACCAUUUAUUUAACUACAAUGUUUAAUAUUAAGAACCAUGAGUCUACUUAAUUUAAAUCAGAUAGUUAUUUUUUAGUGCUGCAUGUUUUUUUAAAUAGUUUAUCUUUGGCUUUUUUUGCCGUUUGAAUCACGGUACUUACAGGAAUGAAACGAAAAGAAUAUAUUUUUUGCUUACCUAACUGUUAUAUUUUAACCAUCUUUUAUUGACAAUAGUGUGGUGUUAUUUAAAUUUACAGUAGGCGAACCACGCGGCUUGUACGUGAGGUUAAAACUUAUCUAAAUAAACAGGCAGAUUUAAAACGAAUACCCAGUCAGAUCCAUAAUCUAUGACUCUUAAUGUUGAGUCCUUGUCUGACAAAGGAAUUAAGUAAGAUUCUGGCAAACUGUGCACAGCGCUCAAAACAAUCUGAAGGUUCGUGGUAGUUCCCGCGUAUGACAAGUUCAGCCAGUAUGAUGAAGAAACAAACAUCCCUAGGCAUUUUUUUUUUUUUUUUUUUGGGGGGGGUUUUUUUUGCCCCCAUUCGAUCAUCCCCGUCACUUGAAAUCCCGAGUACCCCUUUCCUCGGGCAAUUCCAACCGAGUUUGACGUUAAUUGUCACACCAAGUGACUUUGUAGUUGCAACCUGUUUCACCCGAGAACCAUUCAUUACAACUGGGAAAGCAGUAAGGGUAUUUAGCCUUUCAUCAGAUCCUUUCAGCAUAAAUUCGUUUUUAGUCACAGUUGUAGUAAGUUUGUUUGCGUUUAACUACGUAUGCACGUUCAAAAGGUCCUCAUUAACACAUGAUUCAGUGCUGUUUACAUCAUUAUCCGCGAUAUGAGAAGCGUGUCAUCGGCGAACAUCCUCGGUUCACCAGUUUGACAAACAAUUUGGACGGUGAUUAAUGUAAAAUAUUAAUGUCCACUCUUAUUCUCAGUAAGAAUAAGAGUGGACCCAGGAUGGUCCCCUGAAGGACACCGCAGGUUAAUACAUGGCUGUCAGAUAAGGACCCACCAACUGUGCAUUGUUACUGCGUGUUCGUAGCGAACUA